CAAGUCCAGUUAUCAGUUUGUCACGGUUUCUCGAUCGGUCGUGACGUCUCGUUGGAUUUUUAACGUUAAGUAAAUUAUAUUAAACGAAAAUACGAGAAAAUACGAACGAAAAGAAAGGAAAUAGGAAAAAAUAGAAUAGAAAAAAAAAAAAAAAAAGGAAACAAAACAAAGUAAAAGUAUUAAGAGAGAUAUAUUAUAGAAAGAAGAGAUCAUAGAAAAGGGAAAACUUUUUCCUUGAUCAUUCGACGAUCAUUAUUGUUCGGCCUUGACAGUGAACUUGUUCUAACAUAAACAAUUGAUUGAUUCUCGAGUACGAUUCUAAAGUUCGUAAUUUUUUUUUUUUAACGAAUGGACGAUUUUUUUUUUUAUUUUUUCUUAUAAAUAAUUCGUUUAAUAAUUCAAAUUAAUCAACGAAAGUAGGCGAAACGUGAUUCCGUUCGUGACUUAUAGCUCGUUUUAGUUUUUCUUUUUUUUUUUUUCUUCUUCUUUUUCCUCUUUUUUGUUCUUGUUUUCCUUGCGCGCCCGUGUGCCUUUUUUCUUUCUUUUCUUUCUUUUUUUUUUCUUUUUUUUUUACACAUUUCUUUUUCUUUUUUUAUCGACAACAUCCACGUCUCUUUCUCUCUCUUGAAGAUUUAUCGCAAUUUGCGUCAAUCGAUUUUUCAUUAUCAAUCGUUUCUCGACCUUUCAUUAUAAUAAAUGCAAUACUAAUAAUCCUUCAUUAAAACUCGAUAUAUAUAUAUAUAUAUAUGUGUGUGUGUGUGUGCGUCUGAUUACUUAGGAAAUUAUAAGAACUGUGACUUUUGUAUUUGACGUAAGUGACACGAGUGAAAAAAGUGAUGAAUAUGUUUUAGAGAUGUUAAAUAAUUAAAUAAUUAAAUAAAUAAAUAAAUUAAUUAUAAUUAAUUAUUAAUGUGCAUUAAAUCUAAACAAAUCGAAGGAAUACAGUUUUAAUAUAUAAACGAAAAUGUUUCUCAACGAAACUUUGUUAGUGCUAACUUAUACGGCCAAUAUUAUGUCCAGGCUACCUGAACAAAAGAAAUUAAGUUCGCUCGAUGAUCCUAAUGAUUUUUCUAAUCAAACUACGACAACACUUUCGCCGGAAGAAGAGGAAAAUAAAUUCGAAUUCGAAGAUCAAUGGUACAUGUGGAGGUGUUACGAGCCCUAUGGUUGUUUCUACAUCGGUGCACCAUGGUCAGGAGAAAAUCGUCCUGUUUCAAUGUUUCCAGCUCGACCAGAUAGUAUCAAUCCACGUUAUUUACUAUAUACACGUAAUUACAUAGAUCAACCCCACGAAUUGAAGAUUGAUCAUUUCGAUACGAUCAAGAGUGCAUUGUUUCGAUUAGAUAGCAAUUUUUACUUCAUUAUACAUGGAUUUUUAGACAACGGCGAUAACACUUGGGUAAUGAGAACACUGAAUGAAUUAUUAUUGCGAGAAGAUUGCAACAUUUUAAUCGUAAAUUGGAUAGGUGGAGCAGGUCCGCCAUAUACACAAGCAGUAGCCAAUACGAGAUUGGUCGGUGCAAUGACAGCUCGAUUGGCGGCUCAAUUAAUAAAUAUAGGUAAAAUUUUACCAACGAAGAUGCACAUUAUUGGACACAGUCUUGGAGCGCAUACAGCUGGUUACGUUGGUUAUACAUUAAGGCUACGUUAUCGUCACAUUUUGGGAAGGAUUACAGGUCUCGAUCCAGCGGAGCCACACUUCAGCAAUACCUCGCCUAUGGUACGACUCGAUCCAACCGACGCAAUGUUCGUGACAGCAAUUCACACCGAUUGUAAUCCAUUUAUCAGCGGUGGCCUUGGUAUUACUCAACCUGUUGGCCAUAUAGAUUUCUAUCCAAAUGGUGGUCGCAAUCAGCCUGGUUGCAACGAGGGUGUACUCAAUUCGAUCACCUUGGAACGUGGUAGUUUCUUUCGUGGUAUCAAGAGGUUCUUAGGAUGCAAUCAUAUUCGAAGUUACGAAUAUUUCAUCGAGAGUAUCAACACCAAUUGUCCAUUCAUAGCGGUUCCCUGUACGUCUUGGGAUAAAUUUCAAGAGGGUAGUUGCUUCGAUUGCGUCGAUCAAUAUUGUCCUAGAUUUGGUCUGGAUUCACAGCCUGGGAAUUAUCAUGCUUCUGUUUUCUUAAUGACAGGCUCGGACAAACCAUUUUGUAAGGCUCAUUAUCGCGUAACAAUAAAUAUUUCGAAAACGAACGAGAGUUUAAGUUAUGGCGGAGAAGUGGGCAUGUUUUUCAUUAGAGUUAUCAGUGCUAAUGGAAAACAAACAGAGAAGAUGAAACUCAGUACUAAUUCGAAAUAUUAUGAGCCUGGUAGUGUACACAAAAUUGUAUUACCUGGCGAUGUAAUAGGUAAACCAGAAUCUGUUGAAAUCACUUGGGAAUAUCAGACUUCUAUGUUCAAUCCUUUAACAUGGAGAUUUCUUCAUACACCACGUGCUUAUAUCGAUUCAUUGACGGUCGAUAAUCUUGAAUUUAAUCAUGGAAUCACGGUCUGUCCAGAUGAGACAAAUACACUGAUAGCGAACAAGCCAAAGAUCUUAACAGUAGAAAAUUGUGGCAAUACCAAUACCAACGUUGUAUCAACCUGAACAUCUUCAAGAUUAUUAUCAUAUUGAAUUGUUGCAAAAAUCAUGACAAUAAAUAACUCUGCCAUCAUUAUCAACGACAACGAUAACAAUAACGAGGAAAAAAAUUGGAAGGAAGGAAAAAAAAAAUAAUAAUAAUAAUAAGAAGAAAGAUGACAAAUAGAUUGUACGAUUAAUCUAAACUCAUGCUUCAAUCGACUAGGAUAUAUUUUCGCCAAGUUUAAUUUAUUGCUCGACGAUUCAUACAAGUUGUCAAGG